AAUCAUCCUCUUCUUCUUCCUCUUCCAGAUCUGAACAACAAUGUCGUCGUCAUUCCCUGAACAAGUGUUGAAGCACCUCUUCUCCUUGUUAACCUCACACAAGGACCGUAACAGUAUAUCCUUAGUCUCUAAGUCGUGGUACGAGCUCGAGAGGCGCUCUAGGAGGAGUGUCUUCAUCGGCAACUGCUACGCCGUUAGCCCUGAGAUUAUGAUCACACGCUUCCCUCAACUCACAUCCAUCUAUCUCAAAGGAAAGCCCCAUUUUGCUGACUUUAAUCUCGUUCCUGACGGAUGGGGUGCCUAUCUUCAACCUUGGAUUGCUGCAAUGUCUCCCUCUUAUCCUUGGCUUGAGGAAAUUAGACUCAAGCGAAUGGUUGUCACUGAUGACUCCUUGGACUUGAUUUCCACCUCAUUUCACCAUUUCAAGGUCUUGGUCUUGUUGUCUUGUGAAGGCUUUACUACCGAUGGACUUGCUGCCAUUGCCGCUAACUGCAGAAAUCUCACUGAACUAGACUUGGGAGAAAGUGAAGUGGAGGACCUAAGUAGUGAUUGGCUCAGUCAUUUUCCUGAUGGUUGUACGUCACUGGUGUCACUUAACAUUUCUUGUUUGGGUUCUGAGAUCAGCUUAUCACAUCUGGAGAGUCUCAUUGCACGUUCUCCUAAUUUGAAGACACUUCGGCUCAGUCAAGCUGUCCCCCUUGAGAAACUUCCACACAUAUUGUCUUGUGCUUCCCAAUUGGUUGAAUUUGGUACAGGUGCAUACUCUUCUGAGGUACAGUUACAGUCUGAUGUUUUCUCAAACCUCCAAGAAGCUUUUUCAGGCUGCAAGAUACUUGAAGGCUUGUCUGGAUUUUGGGAUGUCAUGCCAGCUUACCUUCCAGCUGUAUAUCCAGUUUGCUCCAGACUCACCUCAUUGAAUUUAAGCUAUGCUACUAUUCAAAACCCUCAUCUUAACAAGCUCAUAAGUCUGUGUCAUAAUUUGCAGAGAUUGUGGGUACUAGACUACAUUGAAGAUACCGGUCUCCAGGCGCUUGCCGGUACCUGUAAAGACCUGCAAGAACUUAGGGUGUUUCCUUCUAAUCCCUUUGAUCCAGAACCAAAUGUUUCCCUGACAGAGCAGGGACUUGUAGCUGUUUCAGAUGGCUGUCCUAAGCUCCAAACAGUUUUAUACUUCUGCCGCCAAAUGAGAAAUGCCGCUUUGAUUACUAUUGCUAGAAACAGUCCUAACAUGGUUUGUUUUCGCUUGUGUAUUUUGGAACCUCGAACUCCUGAUUACUUGACUCUUGAACCGCUUGAUGCUGGUUUUGGGGCAAUUGUAGAACAAUGCAAAGAGUUGCGGCGACUUUCUCUUUCUGGCCUUCUUACUGACCGUGUGUUUGAGUACAUUGGGACCCAUGCUAAAAAGUUAGAGAUGCUUUCCGUCGCCUUUGCUGGGGAUAGUGAUAUGGGCCUCCACCAUGUACUCUCUGGAUGUGAGAGCCUCAGAAAACUAGAGAUCAGAGACUGCCCCUUUAGUGACGACGCUCUUUUGGCUAAUGCUGCAAAACUGGAGACAAUGAGAUCCCUUUGGAUGUCUUCUUGUUCAGUAAGUUUUGGAGCCUGUAAGCUGCUAAGUCAGAAGAUGCCUAGGCUUAAUAUUGAAGUUAUAGAUGAGAUGGGUCCUCUGGACACGCAGCCAAGAAGCUGCCCUGUUGAUAAACUUUACAUAUACCGAACAGUGGCUGGACCAAGGUUUGACCUGCCUGGUUUUGUUCGGAUAAUGAAAGAAGAUGCUGCACAUUAGCAAUGGAAAUUCACCCUCAUGCUAUUAAUCCUCCUUUUUGUAGCAGGUUAAGCCAUAAAGUGCUAUGUCGAAGACCUCACAUGCCAUCAACUAUUACCUCUUGGCUAAGCUAAUUUACUGCAUCAGCUUAUAAAGAGUUAAAACUCUUGUGAGGUUUGGAAUGACAGACCCAAGUUCUAUACUUAUAUUAGUAUCCUAAUCCCAGUAACCGACCCCUAUGUGUUGUUAUGUAUCAUUGGGAAUAAGAAUUACUACUUUGUAUUUUGUUUUAGGGGGAAGGGGGUAUGUUCAACAAUGUACAUGCUAGCGAUUUGAAGACUUUGUGCAUCGUUAUGCAGCUAAUUUCAUUAUCUUUUCUAUUGACUUGUUUUUCUGA